AUGAAGUCCAAAUUCUCGACCUUAGACAUCUACGCUGUGAUUUUUGAUCUAAAACAGUUGAUUGGAAUGCGAAUAGUCAAUGUGUACGACAUUGAUUCGAGAACGUAUUUGAUGAAGUUGCAUAAGUAAGUUGUUUAAGUUUUUUUAUUUGUGUUUAGGUCAAAUUUCCACGAAUUUCGAUGUUAUCCUUGCUGAAGGUGAAAGUACGGAUGAACGUUUUUGUAGACGGAUUGCUGUGAUUUAACUAGAAGAUAGCGCUGGCAAGCCGACAGCUAGUUCCAAUUUUUUUUUAGCUUUUAUUUUCUACUUUCCCAGCUAGUAUAAUAUAAUUUUAUGUGAAAUCAGCGGGAAUUAAUAAUAAAUAAGUGUUUUCGUGUUUUAGACCAAGUGACAAGGCGUUUAUUUUGUUCGAAUGCGGUGCCAGGAUACAUCGGACUUACCAUGAUUGGCCGAAAUCUCAAGUCCCAUCGGGAUUCUCGAUGAAAUUCAGAAAACAUAUCAAUCAGAAGCGGCUCACUGGUGUUAAUCAGGUAAUUGAUUGACUCUUAGCCAUUUUCUAUGUGUUUGGAGACCUUCAAACUACGAUUUUCUUUAGGUUGGAGCCGACCGAAUAGUAGAUAUGCAAUUUGGAGAUGAUGAUCGAGCUUGUCACGUGAUUGUCGAACUCUACGAUAGAGGUAAUAUCAUUCUGACCGACUCAGAAUACAUUAUCCUCAAUGUUUUGAGACCCCGAACCGAUCACGAUAAUGAUGUGAGGUUUUCGGUCAAAGAAAGGUGAGUUGAUACCUAAUUUUUUUUUUAAUUUUUAGGUAUCCUUUGGAACUGGCUCGAAAAGAAACAUUCCUUCCGUCUUUGGAAAACAUUGCACUCUUCUUGGAGUCCGCUAAACCUGAUGAAUAUGUGAGAAAAGCACUAGUUCGACAUGUUCCAUUCAGUGGGCAGCUGCUGGAACAUGGGUUUGUUAGUAUUGGACUGCCUUCCAAUACUCAGGUAAGGAUAUUUCAAGACUUAUUGUGAUUUCUAGACUGUUAAGGCCCUAAUUUUAGAAAAAAAUUUGCGAGGAAUUGCAUCUUCAUCAUGGAUAAUAUAAUUUUUUUAGGUAAGAGACCUGGGAACGGUUAGAGAAGGAACGUUGACCAUCAGUCGAGCUCUAGAAGAGGCGGAUAAAGUUAUGAAGCAGAUUUCUCAAGAGCAGAGCAAAGGUUACAUUACCCUUCAACGAAUCAAAAGGUCUGAUGGAACUGAAGCUGAGAGUUACCAGGUAAGGUCCAAAUUUAAGCGAAUUAAUAUACCAAUAUGACGUUUAUUUCUCCAAUAUAAAAAUUUGUUCUUCCAGGAGUACCAUCCAUUCUGUUUUGCUCAAUUCAAAUUGCCGGAUUCCAAGCUGGAAGUCCAGGAAUUCCCGACCUUCAGUGAGGCCAUAGACAAGUUCUAUUCACUUCUUGAUGAACAAAAAUUGGAUCAAAAAGCCAUUCAUGCCGAGAAGGAGGCAAUCAAGAAGUUGAACAACGUCAAAAAAGAUCAUGAACGUCGUGUGAAAGCGUUGGAUGAACAUCAAGAAAGUCAACAUAGAAGGGCCGAGUUGAUCGAAAUGAAUAGAGAUCUCGUCGAUCAGUGCAUUUUGGUUGUACGGUAGGUGUGACGGAGAAAUUUUGAAUGGCAAAAUUUGUGGAUUUUGGGAAUUUAAAAAUUGAAGAUUAUAAGCUAGAGUACGUGGACUGUUUUCAGACAAUUCGUCGCUAAUAAACUACCAUGGGACGAAAUCGACCGCCUUCUGAAAAUGGCCGCAGCUCAGAGUAAUCCGGUCGGCAAGGCAAUCAUUCGAGUGAAUCUGGCACAAAAUGAAAUCACCCUCAGAUUGACAGACCCGUAUGCCCAUCUUGAAGAUGAUUCCGACUCGGAGACUGACAAGAAACCAAAGAAAAUUCAGACCUUUGAUGUCGAAGUAGACCUGGAUCUGAAUGCUGAUCAGAAUUGUCGGAAAUUCUUCGGUGAUAAGAAGGCAGCCGUUGAGAAAAAGCAUCGUACUCUCCAGGCGUCAAGUAUCGCUUUGAAAAACGCACAGAAGCAGACGCAAAACAAGGUGGAACAGGUAAGAAAAAUGCGCAAAUUGAAACUUUUUGUUCUGUGCAAUAUGUAAUAGUGAAGAAAUAGCCAGUAAAAUAUAAUUUUUAGGUCCGAGUAAACACUACCAUCGCACGAGCCCGGAAAACCAUGUGGUUUGAGAAGUUUUACUGGUGCCUGUCCUCGGAUGGCUUCCUCAUAAUUGGCGGUCGCGACGCUCAACAGAACGAAGCUCUUGUCAAGCGUUACCUGCGCCCUGGAGAUGUCUAUGUCCACGCAGAUCUGCACGGCGCCUCAUCAGUUGUUGUUAGGAAUAAGACAAAAGAUCAGGAGAUCCCUCCAAUGACUCUGAAUGAGGCCGGAUCGAUGGCCGUCUGUUAUUCUACGGCUUGGGAAGCGAAGAUCGCAGUGAACGCCUGGUGGGUAUACCAUCAUCAGGUCAGCCGAACAGCGCAGACCGGAGAGUACCUCCCACCGGGUAGUUUCAUGAUAAGAGGGAAGAAGAACUUCCUUCCGUCGGUUCAUCUUCAACUUGGAUUUGGAUUGUUCUUCAGGUGGGUGGUAUAAUAUAAAUUGUGUUGGGUUUGUGCGAAAAACAUUUAUUUAAUUUUAAGACUGGAUGAAGAAUCAACUCAGAAGCAUCUUGCAGAAGCUGCGGAGAAAAUCUCCUCGUCUAGAGUUAGCGUUGAUACGGAGGAACCCAAGGAUAAUAUAAAUGAAGAAGAAGAGGAGGGAGAAGAGCUCAAAGGAGACGAUGAAGAUGCGAAUGAUGAGGAGAAUGAUGAAUUUCCAGAUGUUGAGGUAAAAUGGUUUUGGAUUUGACCUUGAUUCGUAUUUAGUUUUGAGGAGGGAAGACUUGACCCAUUCGGGUCAAGUCUCUCUGUUAGUCGAAAACGUUCCAUUUUUUGAUUUAUGAUGGGAAAUACUGUUAUUUUAGUUAAAAUUGGAUGACAUACGACUCGAUUCCACCGUGACAAAAGGCGAAGAUGACGAAGAUUUCACACUCAUCCAGUUAAUUCAACCAGUCCGGGAGAAAAACCAAAGAGAAAAAUAUUUGGAAGAGAAAGCCAAGAUUGAAGCUGAAGAAGAGAAGAAUAGAGAAGUGAAAGGUACGUUUUUGUGAAUUUCAGAGUGUUUUGAACUCGUUUUGUUUUUAAAAUACUAGAUUGUUAUGUGGAAUAUACUUUUAUUAACGUAUAAAAAAGUUUUGUUGCAGCCCCGGGAAAGGAUGCUCCAAUGACAAAACGUCAAAAGCAUAAGCUGGACAAGAUCAAGAAAAAGUAUGCAGAUCAAACGGAGGAUGAAAGAUCCGAGCAAUUGCGAAAAUUGGGGGCUCAGCCAACCAAGGGUAAGAUAAUAUCCAUCAUAAAAAUUAUUUUUUUUAGUCCUGAACAAACUCAAAAAAGGCAAAGCGAAGAAGAAAACGGCCAAGGAUGAGGAUUUGCCAGAAGAGGUUGAAGUAAAACAGGAGGAAGAAGAGCCAGAAAUAAAAGAAGAAGGGCAGGAAGAGCAAAAAGAAGAAGAAAAUGAAGAAAAAGAGGAGAAGAAGGAAGAACAAGAAGAAGAGGAGGAGGAACCUGAUCAGUUGGAGGGCUUGGACCAAGAAGAAGCUGUCCUCAAGUCCCUGUGUCCCCAUCCCAGAGCAGAUGACGGCAUUCUUUUCGUGGUCGCAGUCUGCGCUCCGUAUUCGGCGAUGCAGAAAUUCAAAUAUAAGGUAAAGGAAUGAGGGAUAUUUGGGAAUAAUUUAGGCUUGCAUUUUUCCUUAUAUACAUACUUAUAUACAAGUAUAUAUUUUACAAAUUUCAGGUAAAAAUCACUCCCGGAACUGGAAAAAGAGGUCGUGCUGUGAAGACCGCUCUGGAAUUGUUCCAAGUAAGUCCUUUUUUUAAAAUACGUAAUAUUUUUUUUUUACUCUAUCAAAAUGAUGAUUCUGGUUUUAGAAAGACAAAACAGCCACUCAAGCCGAACGAAACCUCGUGAAAUCGCUGGUCUCGGAUCCAAGCGUUGUCCAGAGUCUCCCAGGAAAAGUCCGAGUAUCAGCGCCGGCUCUGAUGAGAAGCAAAGCCAAGUAA